AUGGGGGACGUGUCCACGAUUCAACGGCCACCCGGCAGUGUCGCCAAGGGCAAUCAAGUUGGAGAGUUCGUGUCGGCUGGAUGGACAAACGACAGCCACGACAUGUACAUAAGCUCCAUGGAGGCCUCCUUCAUGCAGCAACUCCGUGGCCAACAGUUACAGCACCACCACGCUCACGCUCCUGCUAGUGCUAGGAACGUGACCCAUGUGGCCGGCCAUGGGCUCAAGGCGCUCCAUGUCCAAGAUGGAGCUCCGAAUGAGCUCAUGUCCGAGAGGAACGUCCCUCGCUCGCGUCAUGUGGGCGUAAGAGGCCUGCCCGAGGAUCCGUGGGCAAGGCGUUUCAGGCCACACAAACAUUAUUCUGGUAUGAAUCGUCACGGUGAUGUGGUGGGUGCUUCGGCCGAUGAUGGUGAAUCGGGUACCGAUACAGUUCAGAAGACUUAUCGGACACAUGGAAAAGAAGUGCACAGUUGUGCUGGCGAAAAUCUUGUUGGCAAAAGCUCAGAAGCCUCUGGUCAGAAUUUUCCUGAAGACGAUGUUCAUUCCAUUGCUCAGCGAAUCAAAUCAUGCAAGAAAAGGAGGACUGCCCCUUCCACCGCUGCAGGUUCUUUCACGUCGAUGCUCGAAUGCAGCGAUGAGCGGUGGUGA